GGACAUAAAAGCAAAUAAAAAUGAUUUGUAGAUUGUGCCUGAAGCAUUUUAAAAAUGUAAUUAAUAUUUUUGACGAGAUAGGUAUUGAAUUGAAUGUGGCUGCAGUACUUGCUAAAUACUUCUGGUUCGAGCCAAGGAGUGAUGACCCAAUAUCUACAGCAAUAUGCAAUUCGUGUUGGAUUAGCGUUUCCAAUUUCAAUGAAUUUUACUUAGGUGUCGAGGAAGCUCAUAGACUAUUAACAGAACGAUUUUCAUUAAAGACCGAUAUAGAGCCCAAUUGCCGUAGGAAGCGUAACUAUUCAAUAACCGAUGAAAAAGAUGUCAAUGAAUGGUUAGAACAAAAUUUAUCAACCACAAUUCCCAAAAACGACUUCAGUAAUGAUGAUGACGAAAUAAACAAUCAACAAAAUAUCAUUACACCGGAAAAGCCUGCUGUCAAAGGCUUAAACUGUGUGGAAUCGAAAGAAUUGAAAUGUGAACAGUCUGUAGAAAAUGAUGAGCCUUACAUAAAUAGUGAAUCAUUUAUGGAAGAAGUAAUGGGCAUUGUGGAAGAAAGCGAAGAUGCACUUGCCUUACCGCUAGAGUGUCAGCGUCGUUCCACUCGCUCUAAAACAAAGAAAAUUUCAGAACACAUCAAAAGAACAUCAGAACUUGAAUUGAAAAUAGUGGACAAUGAAUGUCAAAAGGCAGAUUUUGGAAAUAGAAAACGUCGAGGUCGACCACCUAAAAUUAAAAGUGAAACAAGGGAUAAAAAAGGGGAAACGAAAUCUAAAAUUGAUUCAAAUGAUGGUGAUGAUUCGCAACAGGAAAGUUACGAGGAACGGAUGCGUCUAAUUGAUGAAAAAAUCGCGCAAUGUAUACGUUUAGUAUGCGAUAUUUGUGCAACGGAACAACAGACAUUUUCUCAAUUAAGAAAACAUAUGGAGAAAAUUCACCAAUGUAAAGGUUACGCAACUUGCUGCAAUAAAAAGUUUCAUAAACGARCCCUUUUGGUGGGACAUAUAGAAAAACAUAUUAAUCCAGAUUGUUAUAGAUGUGAGUCUUGCGACAAAACAUUUGCUGAUAAACAAUGUAUGCGUAACCAUUUCUUGAUCAAACACCAGCCGGAAGAAGAAAAACAGUAUCAAUGUGAACACUGUCCGAAACGGUUUGCACGUCCCUAUAUCCUUGAACAACAUCGUCUUAUUCAUGAAGAACGUAGUCACAUUUGUGAUAUCUGUAAAAGAGGGUUUGCAUCAGCCAACAUGCUGAGCACACAUAUGAAAACAAUGCAUUCGAGUUAUGGUGCCACUAUGUGUGAUGUUUGUGCGAAAGUCAUAAGGGGGCGCACAGCUUUUGCCCGACAUCAGUUGGAGCAUUCUGGUAUUGUUUUGCCGAAAGUUCAAUGCGAAAAGUGUGGAUCAUGGCAUAAAGAUAAAUAUAGUUUACAGAAACAUAAGCGACGUCAUAACGACGAUGGCACCUUACACAUUUGUAGUAUAUGCGGAAAGGUGGCGCCAAAUCGCAGCKCCCUACUCAGUCAUCAACGUUAUGUUCAUAAAUCUGAACGCGUUUUCGAGUGUAGCGUUUGCAAGAAGGCUUUCAAAAAAGCUAUAUCUUUAAAGGAACAUAUGACCACGCAUACAGGCGAGGUGUUAUACAGCUGCCCACACUGUCCUAAAACAUUUAAUUCCAAUGGAAAUAUGCAUUCACAUCGCAAGAAAAUGCAUCCUAAAGAGUUCGAAGAGACCCGCAAACAGCGACGUGAAAAUGCUGGGAAACCAGAUGUUUAUAUUGAUAAGAUAGAUAAAGRCAAAUCAACAGAAACAAAAUCUCCGAAUAGUCAAAAUGCUACAGAAGUCGAUACCAGCAGUGAUGAUGAUUCUAUGCCACAAGUAAUUAUGAUUAAAUCAGACGAUGGAAGAGAAACACACAACAUUUUAGUGACAACAGAAGGUUUCAGUGAUAACGAAGACGCGAAUCCGAACGACAAUAGUAUAAUUUUUACAAUAAAUUAGUAUAAGGUACUUGAAAUAAAUUUUUAUUUUAUAUCAAAUACAAA